AUGUCAAGUGCCACUCAUAGCGAAGCUCCUCGUUCCCCGUCCAGCGCCUCUCUGCCAUCCACUACGGAGCUUCUCACGGACCAAAUGAAGAGAAGUUUUAACUUGGAGACGCAGCGCCGUCUUCGCAGUAGACACGUCAGUGCUCUGGAUGAUUGGACUGAAUCUGAUACGACUCGAGUCAUGCAGGAUCAGUUGUGUCAUUUGAAGCGGCGAUGCGCCAAAUUGGAGAGAAAACUGCAGGAGAAGGAGUUGAUGAUUCAGUCAUUGCAGGAGCAACAACAGCUGCAGUUCCCACUACUGGUGCACGAGACAAUGCGUAAUUUGAAUUUAAUGGCAUUCGAUGAGUCUGAACGACAACGAACAGCUAACGACAGGCCACUUUCGCAUUCUGUUAUGAGCGUCAUGGCUCAUAGCAGGCAAGACAUUGAUGUCUGCAUUCACGAGUACGAGCAGCAGAUCGCAAAGCUUUAUGAGGAGAACCGGAGCGAAAAACUGAAGAACGAGAUGUUGAGUGAAUGUCUUCGCGAUCAGAAACACGCCAAGUCAAAAUUCAUGAAAGCUUGUAGACAAGCAAAACAAGAACUUCAAGCAGUUAAAGAUAGCGGGCUAAGUCAAAUGCUAGUGGAUAUCGAGGCAAGAUGCAGUGCGCUAGAGAAGAAGAAGGAUGACAUGGCAGACGAGCUCUUGGUGGAGAUGACUUUGCGCAAAAAAUCCGAAUCAGAAAAAGUCGUUCUUGCCAACCAUCUGGAGGAGUUACGUUGCCAGUCUACGAAAUGGGAGGGCAUUGUUGCUAGGAAAAGCGAAAUGUUACAGCAGGCGCGGGAUCAGAUAUGCGAGCAACAGCUGAUGAUCGAGAACUUAACAACUGACCUGAAGCUCGCAGAUCGUAAUACUGCACGUCCGUCUGAUCACUUCCACGAUUGCGAUAACGCAGAGAUAGAGAUAAGACAACUGAAGCAUUUUAUAAAAACGGAACAGGUAGCUUUACACGAAGCAAAACAACGCCUCGGCAGAUCUACAGCAGAGAACGAUAUGCAUGGACAAGGACAACGUGCUUUCGAUGACCGAUUUGAUUCGUCCGAAGAGCAUGUAGCUCCGUGUGCAGCUCAGAAUACUUUUGAUCGAGUGCUCAUUCAGAUUCAGCAUCUGCAGUGCAAGCUGCGCUCAUUGAGAGACCUGUUGAAACAGUACGACGAAACGAACUUCAUUGAUGUCAACGCACUCGAUGAAGAGAAUUGGUUUCGAGAAGAUUGUGCUCAGAGCAGUGCACGCUCGUGUGUGGAGUAUGCGACACAUUUAUCCAAGUCUGUAGUUGAAUCAGCUCACUAUCUCUUGGAGUUGCAGCAGAUUGUCGAAGAUGUUGGCGCCCGACUGAUGGGAGAAUCUUGUGCCUUGCAAUAA